GUUGAUCUCCCGUCAUAAUCAGUUCUUGCGGAUUAGGCUACAAUGCGUGCACCGUCCUUGCUUGCACAGUGUCUACCUGGGUUCACGCCCCAUGAUCGUGGGAGUCAGAAUGUGCCAUCUAUUCUGGAAAGAGACUUGGGUCUGCCUUCUCCAGCUGUGGAAAUUCUUCCAUCGAAGACAACUCAUCCUUACAAAUAUGCCGGAGAAAGUGUCGAUAUGCAAGGCCUUACCAUGUUUAAGGGAAGGGUUAGUGUUGCGGACAUAAUUGGGUUCACAGGCUCAGAAAUGAUAUCAUCAAAACCCGAUGGGUAUUUGAAGUCUUGGGACAAUUCUUUUGAUCUUGUCAAUGUUCUUAAACAUGAGAUUCGGGAUGGACAACUGAGCUUUAGAGGCAAACGGGUACUUGAGCUUGGUUGCAGCUAUGGACUUCCUGGGAUAUUUGCUUGCAUGAAGGGUGCUUGCACAGUGCACUUCCAAGAUCUCAGUGCAGAAACGAUACGGUGCACUACCAUACCUAAUGUGCUUGUCACCCUUGAACAAGCGAGGGACUGGCAAAGUCGGCAGCCAGAAAGCCCCUUGACUCCAUCAAGACAAACUCUUGCUCCAUCUGUGAAUUUUUAUGCAGGAGAUUGGGAGGAACUCCACACUGUCUUGUCCGUUGUAAGGAAUGAAGGUUCUGAACCAAACACAGGAAUGCAUGCAAGCUUUUCAGAGGAGGACUUUAUGGAUGGGUGCAGUAGUCAGGAGGGAAGCAUUGCUGGGCAAGAGUUCUCCUCUAGGCGUUCAAGGAAGCUUUCAGGAAGCCGGGCGUGGGAGAGAGCUAAUGAGGCAGAUCAUGGAGAUGGCGGUUAUGACGUUAUUUUGAUGGCAGAGAUUCCAUACUCUUUAACCUCUCUAAAGAAGUUAUACGCACUUUUAAAAAAGUGUUUGAGACCUCCAUAUGGAGUAGCGUACUUGGCUACAAAGAGGAACUACGUUGGCUUCAGCACUGGAGCAAGACACCUUAGAAGUUUGGUCGAUGAAGGCGGCAUUUUCGGAGUGCAUCUUGUUAAAGAGAUGGCUGACAGAGAUAUAUGGAAGUUCUUUCUCAAGUAAAGCCGAGGCAGAAAGUAUCAUGUAUCCCAAUUAUCGACACAGAAGUUAUCGUACUUGUAUUGACAUUACUCAGUAUAUGAAUGAUGUAAAUGAGGAUAUAUCCCCACGCUUUUUUUCCCCAAAAAGCAAUAAUAGAAUUUAGAGUAGCAGAUACUUAGCGUGCAUCAGAUAAAUUUGUAACCUCUUCUCAUAUUUCAUUGAUUCUUUUGUCCCCUGCAUUUGUUCCCUUUAGUCUGUAAUUUUUAAGGGACAUUUGUAAUGACUGCAAAUUAAUAUUUCAUUUGAAGUUGUCAUCCA